AUGGCCGCCGACUCCGCAAUCUGCUCGCCCACUUCGCUGCUGCAUCCCACUCUCUCGCGCCCCGAGGGUCUUAAAGCCGCCGAACGUCCCAAGACGUCCUCGGUUGCAUUUAACGAUCCUGUAUCUCUCAACUCUGUUCUCAGCCUGGACGAAGCAAAAUCUAAGAUUCGUAAGAAUGCUGCCGAUCUGACCACAGUAGCGCCUGCACUCGCUGCCGCCUCCGCAUCCGCAUCUGCAGCAGUCGCCGCUGAUCCUGUUACCUCUAAGUUCUUGGGCCACCACCGGAGUACGCCUUCGGUUGACGGAAUCCCCCGUCAGACUUUGAUGAAGGCUCUGGCCUCAGUUGCCCGCAACAACAAGCCUGAUCCUCUGGCCUUGAACAACAUGCUCUCCAAACAGACGGGGGCUGAUCCCCGCCCCGAAACAGCCACGUCGUCGCAGAAGCUCUGCGAUGCCCUCAACGACUUGGCCGCACGCACAUCAACACCCACCACAGCCUAUCCCAGCCUCCAGUCACCUUGCUUUUACCACUCACGGUUUGAGGAGAAUGUCAACAUCGACAAGGUCCUCGAGGAGAUCAAGAGCGAUGAGUACAUGUCACAUUCCCGUCUUGUGCAGACUGCCACCGGCGUCCGAGAGGUCGCCAAGCAGUUGCAGAGGAGACCUAUCAAGCGCGCAGUGCGCAACAUCAUGAUCGUCACCAAGGCUCGCGACAACGAGCUCGUCCUCCUCACUAGGGAACUCACUCAGUGGCUUCUCAAGACUCCGCGUUACGGCUCGAGCCUGGGCGUCAACGUCUACGUCGACGCAAAGCUGCGCAACUCGAAGCGCUUUGGUGCGGCCAGCAUUUUGGCGGAAAACCCCCGCUUUGAGACGAUGCUGCGCUACUGGUCUCCUGACCUUUGUUGGAGCCAUCCUGAGAAAUUUGAUCUGGUCCUAACUCUGGGUGGCGACGGCACUGUGCUCUUCACCUCUUGGCUGUUUCAGCGAGUCGUACCCCCGGUCCUCUCCUUUAGCCUUGGCAGCCUGGGUUUCUUGACCACUUUCGAAUUCGAAAAGUACAAGGCUCACCUGGACCGUAUCCUCGGCAGUGAGGGUAUGCGCGUCAACCUCCGCAUGCGCUUCACCUGCACCGUCUACCGCGAUGGCUCUUCCAUGGGCCAAGAGCAGAUCAUGGAGGAAGGUGAGCAGUUCGAGGUGCUCAACGAGCUCGUCAUCGACCGCGGCCCAUCGCCGUAUGUGUCGAGCCUCGAGCUGUACGGUGACGAUGACCUCCUCACCGUCAUCCAGGCCGACGGCUGCAUCUUCUCAACCCCGACCGGCUCGACCGCCUACUCACUGUCGGCAGGUGGCUCGCUUGUGCAUCCAGACAUCCCCGCAAUCCUGCUCACCCCUAUCUGCCCGCACACUUUGUCCUUCCGGCCUAUGGUGUUGUCGGACACAAUGUUGCUCAAGGUGACUGUGCCGCGCAACAGCCGCGCGACGGCCUACUGCGCCUUUGACGGCAAGGGCCGCGUUGAGCUCAAGCAGGGUGACUGUGUCACAAUCACGGCAUCUCAGUAUCCCUUCCCAACCGUUGUCCGAACCGACACUGAGUGGUUCGACUCGGUUUCGCGCACCCUGCGCUGGAACACGCGUGCCGCCACCCAGAAGGCUUUUGAGCCCGGCACCAAGGAGGGUGGUGCCUCUGGCAGCGACGACUGCGAGGAACCGGAUUGGGACAUUGAUACCGACUCGGCCUGCUACGUCAGCGAGGAGGGUAGUAUGGCGGCAAGUCCGCUACGGAGACAGAUGAGCCUUCUUGGGAUGUGA